UCCACAUGCAUGCUAAAGGACUACUCGAGAUGGAUGAGCCUCUGAGCUUUAAUGAGACAAGAGUGGGAGUAAGUUUUGGCUCUUCUGCCCUUCCUACCAUCCCCAAGUGCUUAAAUGGAGGUCGCACAACUCAAUCCUCGACCACACUGAAGCUCUAAUUAGCACUUCGCAAGUUCUUCUUGCUUGGAUGGAAGAGCAGCAAAGAAGCAAGCGAAGGAGGGUGUAUUCAGUCGAACCAAAUGCCUUAGCAUGUGCAAACUUCUCGCAGAAGUACAUCAGCUAUCUCUUGCCAGCUCUUCUAAAUGUCACUAGCAUUGGCUCCUCAGGCAGAAACAAAGAUAAUAAGAUCAAGAAGACCAUCAGAUUUCAAGUGGACAUGGCACUCGUACUGUCGACUGGUGAGUUCAGAUGGAGCCAUGCCUUAAGACGCAAACUCGAGCAAGGCAUGGACCCAAGAAAGAUUCAUAACACUGCCGCAUUUGAACCAAUCACCAUUAGUACUUUCAAUGUUGAAAUGCUUGGCCAAUUCUUGGCAUGCCCAGGAAUUCCUAGGCCUGUGGAUCAUGUUAAGACACAGAUGAACUUGAAACCAAAUUCCAAACUAAAUGAAGCUGGCAGGUUAAGAGCAAUCGGCCGGCGGCAAGGUGACCAGAGAAAGGAAAUCAGAAGGGAAGAGGAGAUUGACGACCACAUAAAGAUACUGAGAAUGCUUUUACCUGGUGGGAAUGAGAUGGGGUUAAGUGAAUUGCUGUCUGAGGUGGAGAGUUAUGUGGUAUGUUUACAGUUGCAGGUGAAAAUCCUUAGGUCUCUGGUUGGUCCACACUAAAAUCUUAAUAGUCAUGACCUUGGUCUCAUCAAGGACUAUGCCAUGUUAAAAGCAAAGUUCUAUACUUUAUUCAUGUUUAUAUUGUUAGCAUGUGAGCGAGUAGAUAGAAUGUGAGAAAUAGGUGGAGACUAUUAUUGCAACUAAUUAGUAGGCUUUCGUUGGCAAGCUACAUUCAGCUUUGUACGUCAAGUUUGUUUUAAUAAUGAUGGUGCAAUAAUGCAUGAUAGCACUUC